AUGCUGACAAGCCACGCCCAGCUGGGCCUGUCCGUUACCAUCAUCACCUUUGUGAUUGGCUUGCCAGCCAACGUUCUGGCAUUCUACACCUUCAGCCGGAAGCUCCAACGGAAGCCCGUCCCCAUCGACAUCCUGCUGCUCAACCUCACCAUCUCCGACCUCAUCUUUCUCAUCUUCCUCCCCUUCAAGAUGAAGGAGGCGGCGGACAACAUGGUGUGGAACAUGCCCCAGGUCCUGUGCCCGCUGACGGCGUUCGUCUUCUACUCCACCAUCUACAACAGCGCCUUCUUCCUGACGGCAGUUAGCGUGGAGCGCUACCUGGGCGUGGCCUUCCCCAUCAGGUACAAACUGCACCGCCGGCCCCUGUACGCCGUGCUGGUCAGCGCGUUCUUCUGGAUCCUGUCCUCGUUGAACCUGAGCAUCGUCUGCAUCAUGCCUUACUACAACCCCACCGGCGACGGCACCCACGGCAACGGCACCCACGGCAACGACACCCACGGCAACGACACCCACGGCAACGGCACCCACGGCAACGGCACCCAUGGCAAUGCCCCCGCAGGCUGCUACAGCGACUUCUCUCCGGAGCAGCUGCGGGUGCUCCUGCCCUUCAGGCUGGAGUUGUGCCUCCUGCUGUUCUGCGUGCCCUUCCUCGUCUCCUGCUUCUGCUACAUCAACUUCAUCCGCAUCCUCUCCCGGCACCCCCGGAUCGGCCGGCGGCGCCGCCUGAGGGCCAUCGGCCUGGCCCUGGGGACCCUAGCGGUGUUCGCCCUCUGCUUUGGCCCCUAUAACAUGUCACACCUGGCUGGCUUCAUCGCCGGGGCCAGCCUGGAGUGGCGCCACGUCACGCUCCAGUUCAGCACCUUCAACGCCUGCCUGGACCCCCUCAUAUUCUACUUCUCCUCCUCGGCCGUGAGAAACGCCUUCAACCGAUGCCUGACCAGCCUGCAGAGGAAGCUCCAGCUCCUCCGCUGCCCCCCCAUGGCACCCUCCGGUACUGACAUAUAUAAAGACCCAAGCCCCAAUGCAGGGGAUUAA